UUCCCUAGCUUCAUUCACACUCAGAAGAGGAAUCCAGUCACUCACCUUAAGGUAAAGUAUGUAAUUUUCAUAAAGAAGUACAAGCAUAUACCCUAAAUUUCACUCAAUAUUGGUCUCCAAGUAUCAGUUAUAUAUAUAUAUAAAUAAAUGUUAGGGCAAUGUCUUAUUAAUUCUUAAAAGCACACCCUUUGUAAUUAAGCCUUUUCAACCCAAUUCAACAUUUUAGUGCCCAACAUUUAAAUUCAUUUCUCCUUUUAAUAACACUGCUAGAUCAAGCAAAUAGUAAUAGUGGUUUUACAUAUAAGAAAUAAAGAAAUGAUCAACAAGUGAAAAAGUUUAUGAUUGUUUAGCAGAUCAUUCUCCUCACCAGUACCAUACAUGUAUGUUAUGGGGAUGGUUUAAAUUAUAUUUUUCUUUGUCUUAAACUCAUUAAUACAUACAUAUCAUACAUUACCGUACCCCAAAACAAAGGGAAAGAAAAUUAAACCAAGGAUAAAAUUAAACCACAAGAAAUACUACAUAGUGCUGAUUUAAGAGUUUCAAGCGAGGGGGCUUUAGAACCCUAAUGAAGACCACAGAAAUGCAAGUUAAGUCCAAGAAAACUGAAAACCACAGACUGGAAUGAUCAAAAAGAGCAAAUUCAUAGAUCUUACUCUGGCUUUGAAAAGGUCUUAAUACAUGUUGCAGUUAAUUUUUUUAUCUCAGGUAAUUUUUGCCUUUCUUUUGUUUUUGGUUAUGGUAGUGUAUGCUAUAGUCUCCCUCACAGCGGUUUUUUGGAUGUCACGCAACACUCCCAAUUUCAAUUUCGCACAACUGACCUCAAAUCACAUCUGAUCGCACUAUUUGGGGGAGCGUUGCGUGACAUCCAAAAAACGUCUGCGAGGGAGACUAUGUAUGCUAGUGAAGUUUAAACAAAGGAAAAAUAAAAAUUACCUACAGCAUAUACAUGUAGACUUCAAUCCUUAUCACUGAUUCAAAACUUUCGGAAAUGUUUAUGGAUAUACUUAGUAAAAAAAUCAGAAACAGGUUAUAAGCACUUAGAAGAAACCCCAAAGUGAAAAAAAAAUUAAUUAGUGUUAAAGAAGAACCAACAAAAGAAUGAUUAAAAAUUAAAAAUAAAAAAAUACUGUGAAUGCUGAGGAUGUAAAAUAAAGCAAACAAAAUUCAAGUUCAAUUUUGAGGCCAAAGACCAACAACCCAAGCCAUUUAAAACUGUUCAAUGUUGCCAGUAAUAGUCACCUGCACAAUAGAUUGGUAUGACCAGCAAAAUGACAUUUCCUUCUGUCUGUUCUCAUGCUUAAAAAAACAACAAAAGUUAACUUGGAAACAAAAUGUUUGCAGGAUCCUGAUAUGUUCUGGGAUUUUAUAACUUUGCGCCCAGAGACCACUCAUCAAGUAUGCUUCCUGUUCAGUGAUCGAGGAAUUCCUGAUGGAUACCAACACAUGAAUGGAUAUGGAAGUCACACAUUCAAGCUAUUGAGUGACAAAGGAGAUGUUGUCUACUGCAAGUUCCAUGUGAAGGUACAGUGUCUGAGUUAGAUGUAGUGUUAUCUGUUGAAUCAAUGCAUAACUGCAAUAAGUGUUCAGCUGUGCAGUGUGUUGCUGUCUUUGCUAUUAUUAGCUACAAGUGUAAGGUCAUGUUGUUCAGGGACCUGUAGGCCUGUUCACAGAUCCUCUAUUUUCUCUUUUUAGGGAUUGUCGUGUCUGUGUUUGGAAAUGCUCGCUCUUGCAUGCUUAUCGAUUUUGGAAUAGGGACCAACUGUUUCAACCAAAACUUUGAAAAGUACUAGCAAGAAAAUGUACAGCUGUACUGGUUCUGAAAUGUACUUGAACUUUUCACUGAUAAACGGCCAGGCCCAAAACCUUUGGAAAACAAAACAAUCCAUUUUGUUCAUUUUACUUUAAGUGAACAUUUCCUUUCUUGUCCUUUCUAUGGCACUCCUUGCAUAGAAAUGGUUUAUUCAUUAGAGCGUUUGACUGUAGAGCGGGAGGUCGCAGGCUCGAUUCCUAGGACCAGACCAAUACUCUGGGUCUUAAAAUAACUGAGAAAUGAAGAUACAUAUACUGCCUUUGCCCUGCAAANCCCUAAUUUUUAGACCAAACUGAGGCCUGAGAAGCUGAAAAAAAUUUUUUUGGAGACCGCCCCCUUAUCUCAGGGUCUGGAUGACCGUCCCCCUGCUAUCUGAAGGUCUGGAUACCCCACUGCCUCAAUUGGUACUUUUGUGCUAAAUACAUCAACACACAAAGAAAGUGCUUUUUUGAGAUAUUAGAUGUUUGUUUGUUUUUGUUUUCAUAGACUGACCAGGGAGUGAAAUGUGUGCCUGCUGAUAAAGCAGAACAGAUAGCUGGUUCUGAUCCUGACUAUAACAACAGGAAACUCUUCAAUGCCAUUGCCAGUGGAGAUCCUGUGAGUUACAUGAAAGGACAGAGGGAGGGCACUAACAUUUGGGAUGAGUUGUUAUGCUGACUUAUUAUAGUCUUUGUUGGACUGGAAGGGUUAUCUUUAAGUUUGAAGAUGAACCAUCCUCGGCAAGUUUUUUUCUUUCAAGAGACUUUUAUGGUGGAACUUCUUCUUGUUGUAUUCUUAUCUCCUUGCACUUGUUCUUCUUGUUUUGUUAUCUCCUCUUUCUUCUAUCGUUGAACUGAAUGUUAGUGAAAACCAAGUUAAAGGAAAGCCUCUGUAACAAAUCCCUCAUUGCAGGAAACAACAAGCUUUGCUGUAGUUACAGUGAAAUAUAUGGGACAGAACAACCAGAAUUAUACAAUGACCGUGAACUGGAAAAAUUGUCAAAGAUUUAAAUCAUUAUGUCUUCCAAUGUACAAGCUAUCGUGACUUGUAUUCAUGUAAAAAUUUUAUUUCUUAUGUUUGUUGAUCAGCCGUCAUGGACAAUGUACAUUCAAGUGAUGACUUUUGAAGAGGCUGAGAAAUUCAGAUGGAACCCAUUUGACCUGACAAAGGUAAAAUCAUGUCUGAGUGUCAUGUUAUAUAACACACAAGUGUCCUUCUGACCUCUAGCGCGCACACCUUAGUUGUGAGUCCCAUGAUUUCUGACAUACAGAACAAGGCAAUUCAUCUUUUAAAUCAUCUUAAAUUACUCUCUUUCUAAUAACCUCUGAAGGAAAAACUACAUGUAUAAGACUUAGAACCUUCAAACAACAACCCCAACUCCAACCCCUUAAUCAGGUCUAAAUGGCAUCUUCAAUAUCCCUUUGGGUGAUAAUAUUAUAAUUAUACAGGGAUUGGGUCAGAGAUCCUGCCUGAUGCCUUGCUGAGAUUGAUCUUUGUUUUUGUUGGUUUUCAGAUCUGGCCACAUUCUGAGUACCCUCUGAUCCCUGUAGGCAAGAUGGUGCUUAACCGUAACCCCAAGAACUACUUUGCAGAGAUUGAACAGAGUGCUUUCAACCCUGCCAGCAUGGUUCCUGGAAUUGAACCAUCCCCAGAUAAGAUGCUUCAGGUAUAAUUAUUAUGAUCAUAGUGCAAAGGUGUUCGUUUUAUAGCUACCCUAAAUGAAAAGCUAGCUCGCAGGGCUCCGAUGAGGCCCAGGGACUAUUCACAUGAUACCAUCGGGCAAAUUAAGUACAGAAUUCACCAGCCCAGUAGCAAAAUCCACUACCCCCGGGUUAUUGGGCACUACUUUCUUUACACGCUGUACCUGACAGCUCUUGCACCGACACGAAAACCAUACCGGAAACGGGCAUCUGCUCACACAAAAGAACGGUGGUUUCGGCGCGAUUUCUGUAACCGAGCAAAGCUGAGCUGCGCUUAUCUUGAAACUGGAUCAUCACAUAUCAGAUCGUCACAUAUUUGGACCGUACCGGAAGUAAAUGAGUGGUAGCCUGCGAAAACAGCCGUUUCGCCUCGCUCUUGGCCGCUAGGGACGUUUCGCGCGGAGGAACGUCUGCGACUCAGCGACAGAAAUUCCAUACUGAUGACGUAAAUCAAUGUUUACAUGUUAAUAUAUCCGGUAGUCAUGGGUUCCACAUCCAAAUUUGUUCAAUUUUACGUUUCUUCUGGUCGGUUUUACUAAAGUGUUGUGUUCAUCUGCGGACGAGCUCCAGCAAAACUCAAAUGCUUCUUCCAGAGAAGAAUAUAUUCCAUUAAUUUUGACUGUUUUGUUAGCGAUUCAUCGCGUUUUCAUUUGACCUUCGUGGCCUUUUGUCUGUAAUUCGUAAACAAGAUCUAAAACAAUGUAACUACUCCGUUGACCAAUCAGCGCUUCUGACCGGAUUCCGGACAGAUUUUAGUCAUCAGUAUGGAAUUUCUGUCGCUGAGUCGCAGACGUUUUUUUUUCGCGAAACGUCCUCAGCGGUGAAGUCAAGAGAGGAGAAACGUCUGUUUUUGCAGGCUAAAUGAGUGGGAGCGAGAACUGGAACCUGCUGAGACGGAAGUAAAUAUUCAAAAGUGAGGAUUAGGAUAUGCCGUAGCCUCCCACGCAGACAGGAAUGCGUGACGAACCCCUAAGAACGUCUGCGUGGGAGGCUAGAUAUAUGCCGUCGGUUGCAUCCAAACGUGGACACGAGACAAAGAAACAUGUUCUAACAGACGUGACGGUUUUUGCCGCCAAACAUUUGAAGUUUAACAGCCAUUAAAGCAAACUGCCGUGCCAAAGGUAAGUUGUUUAUAAGUUUUUGAUCAGCGCGUGUUGCUCAUAUUUCAUUUUUCUAAACUUUGAGGCAUAUUUCUCGCUCAGAAACAGCACACCUGCCUCCAAAAAUUAUUCUUAACAUCUAAAAAUUCUUGCAAAGAAUAUUUUGUUAAGCGAAAACAAUCAAGCCGACAACAGCCGCCUACUCCAAACUUCAAAUGUUUGGCGGCAAAAUAUGUCAUGUUUGCACUCAAUUAGAACAUGUGUUUUUCCUCGCAUGUACACGCUAAGAUGCAACCGACGGUAGUUCACUUAACCAACUCGGCCAACCGCCAUGGUACGAUGUUUAAUGUGAUGAACGACUUGCUCUAGUUGUGUGCCUUUACUGUUCGCACUUUACCGACUAACUUUUCGCAUCAGCACGAGAAGCUAUCUGAUGUACUGAGUGAGACAGAUCCAAAAUCACAAUAUUUUAUGCCUUGCAGGGCCGUCUGUUUUCUUACCACGACACUCAUCUUCACCGAUUGGGAACCAACUACCUUCAGCUGCCAGUGAACUGUCCUUACAGAACCAGAGUCACUAACUACCAGAGGGAUGGGCCACAAACAUUUGACAACCAA